AUGUCACGUUGGAAGUUCACACAGCAACUGCGAGAAGAGAUAUACAGGUAUGCCCAGUUACCACAGACGGGGGUUUCGUUGCGCCAGAUGGUGCAGUUUGGUCCGCAGCCGUCACCAGGGUCGGUGUUCCAUGCCUCGCGGUUCAUUGUGGAGGAACUACCGAUCCGGCUGAGUCACCGGGUCAAGGAGCUGGAGAAACUGCCGUCUGGUCUGAACAACGACCCGUCGAUCCAGCUGGUUCGAGACUGGUACGCACAGUCGUUCGAGGAGCUGCGGGCGUUGCCGGAGCCGCAGAUCAGCAACGAGAUGCGGUCGGUGCUGUUUCCGGCGAGCUUGAAGAACGUGGCGAGUCCCGGACUGCACUCGAAACGGGCGUCCAAGUUUGAGGACGAUGGGAUCGUAAUCGACCGUUUGCGCUCGCACGGCCAGGACGAGACCCACCAGCCGGCGCAGCGUGCUGCCAGCAGGCGCGACACAGCGAAAAAGACGUAUUUCGUGCCCACGCCAACAGAUAUCGUGUACACGAACGACGUGCUCGACUACAACAAAAUGGUGAACCAGACGCUCGUGAAAAUCAAACGCCGCCACGACGCCACGGUAACCACGAUCGCCCGCGGCGUCCAGCACUGGAAACACAAAAACAACUUCGCAUACCUCGACGGCAGCAUCAACCAGUUCCUGGACAGGUUUUACAUGAGUCGGAUAGGCAUACGGAUGCUUAUUGGGCAGACGAUCGCGCUUUACGAACAAAGCACCAUGAACCUGGUCAACGACAACUACGUGGGGAUCAUCUGUUUGGAUACAAACAUCAUGGAGGUGGCUCACGACGCGAUCGACGCGGCCAGGUUCGCGUGCGAAGAACAUUACAACAUCAUGGAGGCUCCCAAAGUGGUGCUAUAUGCUCCAGCCGAUCUCAACUUUAUGUAUGUGCCGGGACAUCUGGUGCACAUGUUGUUUGAGACGCUGAAGAACUCGCUGCGCGCCACCGUCGAGCACCAAACGGCAUUGCAUCCGGAAACGCAUAUCGAGGACCUGGAGUUCCCGCCAGUCAAGGUGGUGGUUUCGGAAGGUAACGAGGACAUCACCGUGAAGGUGAGCGACGAGGGAGGGGGGAUCCCGCGGUCGGCCAUCCCGCUCAUCUGGACGUAUUUCUACACUUCUGCCGAGGAACUAGCCGAGCUCGAUAACGGGUACAAGCCUCCUUUUAUGGGACUCGGUGUCGGAUUACCACAUAGCAGACUGUAUGCGCGCUAUUUCUCGGGCGAUCUCAAGCUGAUCAGCAUGGAGGGCUACGGAACCGACGUUUAUCUGCAUCUCAACAGGCUGAGUUCAUCAUCGGAGCCAUUGCAAUGA